AUGGAUAUGGGUUCUGAUACUCAGUCAGUGCGUGCCACUGUCGUCCAAGCUUCCACUGUCUUCUAUGACACUCCUGCUACACUUGAUAAAGCUGAGAGAUUGAUUGCAGAUGCUGCUACUUAUGGGGCACAGCUGGUUGUUUUUCCUGAGGCUUUCAUUGGUGGCUAUCCCCGUGGUUCUAACUUUGGAGGGGCCAUUGCCUGCCGAACAGCAAAGGGAAAUGAGGAGUUUCGAAAAUAUCAUGCAUCAGCCGUUGGUGUACCAGGUCCUGAAGUUGAGAGAUUGGCAGGAAUGGCUGGUAAAUAUAAAAUUUAUCUUGUAAUGGGUGUGAUUGAAAGGGAAGGAUAUACACUUUAUUGCACUGUUCUUUUCUUUGAUUCCCAAGGCCAAUACAUGGGAAAACAUCGUAAGCUCAUGCCUACAGCUCUAGAGCGUGUCAUAUGGGGCUUUGGAGAUGGGUCGACGAUUCCUGUUUUUGAGACUCCUAUUGGAAAAUUGGGCUCCCUCAUUUGCUGGGAAAACAGAAUGCCUCUCUUACGAACUGCAAUGUAUGGUAAAGGAGUUGAAAUAUAUUGCGCACCUACGGCAGAUGCAAGGGAAACAUGGCAGUCAUCCAUGACCCACAUUGCACUUGAAGGGGGAUGCUUUGUUCUUUCUGCAAAUCAAUUCUGCCGAAGAAACGAUUACCCCCCUCCACCUGAUUAUGUUUAUGGGAACAUGGAGGAGGAACUCUCACCAGACUCUGUUGUUUGUUCAGGAGGCAGUGUGAUUAUUUCUCCAUCGGGUGCUGUGUUGGCUGGACCCAAUUAUGAAUCAGAGGCUCUGAUCUCUGCUGAUUUAGAUUUUGGAGAAAUUGUGCGAGCCAAGUUUUAUUUUGAUGUGGUUGGACAUUUUGCGAGGCCUGAUGUUAUGAGCCUGACUGUGAUGGACCACCCAUUGGUGCCUGUCUCAUUCGCUUCCAAUACCAAUGCUGAAGGGCCAAAAAAGUUGUUAUAGUGGCAUUUGGUUUUCUAAAAUGCCCCUUUUUAGUAUAUUUUGGCAUCCUUAAUGUACAAUAAUGAUGCACGUAUAAAGCUUCUAUGUUUCUCUGUUUCCUGUACUUCUUUUAGUACAUUUUAUCAACUUUAAUGAAUGAAGAUGCAUUGCAUCUUAUGGUUAA